UGAAAGGGCUCUUAGCCAGGCAGCUUUGAGUUUGUAACGACAGGACCAGAACUGGGCACCUGCCUGGACAACGGCCUGGCCUCGGCGUAGGGCUGGACAAGGUGUGCACUUCACAGCUCCAUUCACAUCGACACUGAUGGGACUGCGCCUUGCACCGCCAUGCCCAGUAGCGGCAGGAAGCUUGCGAUGCUGGACUUUCCGUGCUUACCAUCCCCAGAACGAAGGGUUCUUGGCCCUGUAUGCACGCCCUGCCCCUCCCCGUCCAUGUAUCCCCUGAGGGUCCACCACUGUACUUGGAACUAGAUUUAGAGGGAGGAGUUCAGUACAUUAAAUGGAGUAUAAGGGGGAGAGGACGGGACUGAGUCCACACUAGAAGCCAAGAGAGUCACCUUCCACUGCAAAGAAAGUAAUGGAAGUUACAGUUCCCUUACUCCUUUUCAUGCCUUAGUUUUCUAGGCUGGAUCUUAUAAAAAGCUCAGCCUGAAACUGACCUCCACUGAGAUACCUGUGCCUGGAGAGGAUUUCACCUAAACCAGUUUAGACAAUCUCCUUCAGCAAACCUAUGGGGCUUUGGUCACUUUUAGGCUCGGAAAACACCUUCAAGUUAAUUUGUUUCUGUUGGGGUUUUGUUUUUUAAUUUGCAAGAAAACAUUUGGCUACUUUUUUUUAUAUGCCUUUACAGACUUAGAAGUCAUUUAUUCUAUGGACUGUUAAAACACCCUUCGACCUGCCUGUAAUAAAGCAUUUAUAAAUCUUUGCCUGCCACCAUUUCACCAGAAAAGCCAGAACGACUUGAGGAUUUUUUUUUUUUACAAGGCAACCAGUCAAGAGACUGUACACCAAGAAACCCAGGUUUCCUAGUCUAUGAUGCAAAUAAUCUCCAUCUUCUUAGAACUCUUAGACUGCACUUUGGCUUUUAAUAUUUUCUCUUCUCCCUGAUUUCUCAUGCCCUAGCCCUCUGAGUCUCUCUGGGCUCCAUACUUCCCACAUAGCUUUUGUCACCCUCUCUUCCCUUUUACUAGCCUGUACUUCACCCUAAUCCCUCCUAGCUCUGGUAAACGCAUCCACCUUCAAGAAUCCCGCUUAUAAAAGUGAUUUCUCUUACUGGUGACACUAGGAAACAUGACCAUUUAGAAAACAGGGCAGGAUUAGGAGUCUUGAAUGGUCAAUGACACCAACCAAGAAAGAAAAUGGAAUUUUCCUUGGAUCAGUAGCCACCUCCCCUCUACCCCUAGCAGGAAGAGUUCUGUCUGUAGAUACAGCCUCUAGCUGCAGUUGCCUCCAGGAUCUGGGGAGAGGUAUUGUGAAAAGUCUGAGAGAAAGACUUCCAUAAUGAAUGACAUUUUUAAAAAAGUCUUUCCCCUACUCUGCCUUUGGUGGAGGUCUUAAUGGUGACAAAGGCAGCAGCUGGGGCAGAAAGCUGACUAAUCCCAGCCGUGGAUAUGUAGCCCCAGGUUUAGAGAGUUGUUAGUGCUUCCAGGAAGGGAAGGGAGCUCACCUGGGGAGCACAGCAUGGGCCACAAGGGGCUGGCUUCUAGCCUGUCUCUGCAGUGGUGAGCAGGCACGUUGCCCUUCUGACUCUGGACCUCCACACCUAUGGAGGAGGGGUUUGGAAAAUGACCAUAAAGAAUCUGUCCAGCUCUGGGGACCUGAGGACAGUUCUGAGGGCUUGCAAAAGGAAUAUGGGCUGAGAUUCAGCCUUUACAUUAUCAGCUGUGCUUUUGAAGGAUUUUACUUUCAUUUUAAAUUGAAUUGGCCUUUUCAGCCUCUCUGUGAUGGUCUACAACUAACCCUAAUGUUGUGAAAUGUGCAGAGUUCCAGGCACAGUAAAUUAUUUAUUAAAUGAAUAAAGCCAGAGAGGUGCUGAGUACAAAUCUCAGAUUGAUGAUAUAUGAGUUUUAUCACCUUGGCUAUGUUAGUUACCCUUUUAAGGUUCAGCAUCAUGAGAUGGGAAUAACAUCCUUCUGAGCUGUUAGCCUACGUAGCAUAGGCACUCAAUUCAUGUCACCAUUAUUAUUUUAUUUUCGGAGACUGAUCAGAUUCUGGGGCUAUCCCAGGGCCAGUAGAAAAUCAAUUAUGGCCAGACAGUUGAGUCCUGUUGACUUGAUCUUUCAGUAGUUACUGCCUAGGGUUAGCAGAUGUCCAAUAACCAAUUGUUGAUUCAAUUUCACUAGAUCUGCACCAGGUCAGAAUAGAGGCCAGCGGCCAUGGCACACCAGCGCUCUGGAGCUAAUCUGAAACAACCUGAAGGGCCAGAGUGCCCCUGCACAGGUCCAGCUGUGUACUGAGUGGCCCCAUAGUUAAGUUCUACACCAUCUCUUAGCAGGCUGGUUUCCCAAAACCCAUGUGUGCCUAGGAUUUUAUUUUGAUCUAAGCACUAAGCCCCUUUGAUGGAGAUUCUAUCUUGUCAGAGCAGCUUCCUAGGCACUCUCCCUCAAACUGCCUCUUUCUCCUCUGAGAACACCAGGCUUCUUAUUCUUGACACUCAUAGAACAUUUAUUUAACAUUUACGUGGCUGUAUUUUUAUUAUCUCAGUCUGAUUUCUCAGAGUUUUGUAUUAAGGAACUUCUAGACUACCUUUAUGUAACAAUAGCAAUUAAUAUGUAAUGAGUAUAUAAAGUAUGUUCACCUGGACUAGCUCACUGUGGUCCUCCCUGGCCAAUCACAAUGCCUUACUCAUGGAAAAAGCACUUAGAGGUUAAUUGAUGACAUUAUGCAUUUAUAAUAAUAUAUAGUGAGUAAAGUUAUAGUUCUGAGGUAUAUAUUUUUUCUUUUUCUCUUUACUGCUUUGUUAGUAAACUGUGAAAUAACCAAAGCCACAGUAGAGAGAGAAUUAACUAAAUGCCCAAAAGAGUUACUAGCAAUACUCAUCACUGUUAAACCACAAAGAUUAUAGAUAUGGAUGUGUGUAUGUGUAUUUUUUAAUGGAGAGGACAAUAAACUUCCCAAAUCGUUUUGCAAAAUGAUUUGUACAGAUGAGGUUGUGACCAGAGAUAAAGCUGCAUGUGAGUAGAUGAAAACCCGCUGGGCUCUUAAGCCAUUAUUAGAUCCAAACUUGCUUUUUUACGUUGGGUUCUGGAACAACACUCUCACAGCUCUGCUCUCUGUUUUAAUCAUUAAGGACCCAAGAAAGGAUUUGAAAAAAUGAUGUUUAGUAACAAAAAUGACUCAUAAUGGUUACCUGUAUUAUCAGCCGUGAAAAACAAGAUCUUAAAAUCAACCAAGAUUUGUAAGAAAGGCAGGACUCAAAAUGUAAACACCACGACCAUCACCCCUCACUUCCUUCACAUGGGUCCUCAGUCUCUGACUUCUCCCCUAACGUUCUUAACGGUGAUUCUGAGGCUGACUGACCUUGUGUAGUAUCUCAGGUAUUGCUCAAAAUGAAGUUAGCCCAAGUUGAGACCAGUGUAAACAAUUCUUAAGAUUCAAGUCAGUGGCUUAGAAGCUGAAAAAAUGUAUAUAUUGCUGGGAGCUCAGGACUUCCAGGAUAGUCUUACCUCUGCCAUUCCCCUUCAGGAACCGGGAGACAGUAGGACAGAGCAAUCCUAAUGCCAGGAUCAAAAGUCCUAGUUGCAACUCUGAAAUCUCACCUUUGCUGGGGAGAUGUCUCUUUAACAGCCAACCAGUCUGUUUGGUGCAUUUGCCAAGUGGGAGGGGUAUGUCUUCUAUCAGCCCAACUGAGACUAAUUGUCUUAUCUCCAUUCCCUUCCACUCCAAUCUGCCUUCAGAGUGUGGAGCUGCCAAUUUGUCCCCUCACUGCCUUCUCUCUUUCCCCAGGAAACCUUCCCAUGGCUGCAGAGCUGCCCCUAAAGCAAGACUAGAGGCAAAGACAGCCAAUAGCCCCUUCCCCUCCCAUCCCAGCUUGGCUCAGAUCACCCAGUUCCGAAUGAUGGUGUCUCUGGGACAUUUAGCCAAAGGAGCCAGCCUGGACGAUCUCAUUGACAGCUGCAUUCAAUCUUUUGAUGCAGAUGGAAACCUGUGUCGAAGUAACCAACUGUUGCAAGUCAUGCUGACCAUGCACCGAAUUAUCAUCUCCUCCGCAGAACUGCUCCAAAAAGUUAUCACCCUCUAUAAGGAUGCUUUGGCAAAGAAUUCACCAGGACUUUGCCUGAAGAUCUGCUAUUUUGUAAGGUAUUGGAUAACAGAAUUCUGGGUCAUGUUUAAAAUGGAUGCCAGCUUGACAGACACUAUGGAGGAGUUUCAGGAACUGGUGAAAGCUAAGGGUGAGGAGUUACACUGCCACCUGAUUGACACAACUCAAAUCAAUGCCCGUGACUGGUCCAGGAAACUUACUCAACGGAUAAAAUCAAACACCAGCAAGAAACGGAAAGUCUCCCUGCUCUUUGACCAUCUGGAACCAGAAGAGCUGUCCGAGCAUCUCACCUACCUUGAGUUCAAGUCCUUCCGAAGGAUAUCAUUUUCUGAUUAUCAGAAUUACCUCGUAAACAGCUGUGUGAAAGAAAACCCCACGAUGGAGCGAUCUAUUGCUCUGUGCAAUGGCAUCUCCCAGUGGGUACAACUGAUGGUUCUCAGCCGCCCCACCCCGCAGCUCCGAGCGGAAGUCUUCAUCAAGUUCAUCCAGGUGGCUCAGAAGCUCCACCAACUACAGAACUUCAAUACACUGAUGGCGGUGAUAGGCGGGCUGUGUCACAGCUCAAUCUCAAGGCUCAAGGAGACAAGUUCGCAUGUCCCAAAUGAAAUCAAUAAGGUUCUUGGUGAGAUGACUGAGCUGCUGUCCUCCUCCAGAAACUAUGACAAUUACCGGCGAGCCUAUGGGGAGUGCACUGACUUCAAGAUCCCCAUCCUUGGUGUGCAUCUCAAGGACCUCAUCUCCCUGUACGAAGCCAUGCCUGACUAUCUGGAGGAUGGGAAAGUGAAUGUCCACAAGCUACUGGCCCUGUACAAUCACAUCAAUGAAUUAGUCCAGCUACAAGAAGUGGCCCCACCCUUGGAGGCCAACAAGGACUUGGUACACUUGCUGACGUUAUCCCUGGAUCUUUACUACACUGAGGAUGAAAUCUAUGAGCUUUCCUAUGCCCGGGAACCAAGGAACCACAGAGCUCCACCACUAACACCUUCAAAGCCACCAGUAGUAGUGGACUGGGCUUCUGGAGUAUCUCCCAAACCUGAUCCAAAGACCAUUAGCAAACACGUCCAGAGGAUGGUAGAUUCUGUCUUCAAGAACUAUGAUCAUGACCAGGAUGGAUACAUUUCUCAGGAAGAAUUUGAAAAGAUUGCUGCGAGUUUUCCAUUUUCCUUCUGUGUGAUGGACAAAGACAGGGAAGGCCUCAUCAGCAGGGACGAGAUCACAGCCUACUUCAUGCGAGCCAGUUCAAUCUACUCCAAGCUAGGCCUGGGCUUUCCUCACAACUUCCAAGAGACCACCUACCUGAAGCCCACGUUUUGUGACAACUGUGCUGGAUUUCUCUGGGGAGUGAUCAAACAAGGAUAUCGAUGUAAAGACUGCGGGAUGAACUGCCACAAACAGUGCAAAGAUCUGGUUGUGUUUGAGUGCAAGAAGCGGGCCAAGAACCCAGUAGCUCCCACAGAGAACGCCACCUCCGUGGGGCCCUUGUCCAACCUUUGCUCACUGGGAGCCAAAGAUCUGCUCCAUGCACCUGAGGAAGGACCUUUUACAUUCCCUAAUGGGGAGGCUGUGGAACAUGGCGAGGAAAGUAAGGAUCGGACCAUCAUGCUGAUGGGAGUGUCCUCGCAGAAGAUUUCUCUUCGGCUAAAGAGGACUGUUGCCCACAAGGCCACCCAGACCGAAUCACGGCCUUGGAUUGGCAGUGAGGGCUCUUCAGGUCCCUUUGUGCUGUCUUCCCCAAGGAAGACAGCCCAGGAUACUCUUUAUGUGCUUCCCAGUCCCACCUCUCCAUGUCCUAGCCCAGUCUUGGUCAGAAAACGGGCUUUUGUCAAGUGGGAGAAUAAAGACUCCCUCAUAAAAUCAAAGGAGGAGCUCCGUCACCUCAGACUGCCUACCUACCAAGAGCUGGAACAGGAAAUAAAUAAUCUGAAAGCAGAUAAUGAUGCCCUAAAGAUCCAACUGAAAUAUGCACAGAAGAAAAUAGAAUCCCUCCAGCUUCAAAAAAGCAAUCAUGUCUUAGCUCAAAUGGAGCAGGGUGACUGUUCUUAGCCCAGAAACUCAAGGAGCACAAUCUGUAGAUGAGUAUAUAGUGGAGAUCUCAUUUCCAAAAGUGACUGUAACACACAGACCUGAGGAACUUCAGACUGACCAGCUUUAAAACAGUACUUUAAAAGGAAAAGCCUCUGUUUAUUUACCUAAAAGAAUCCUAAUGUGCAGCAUUGUUUUCUCCUUCAGUCAGUUGACUCAAAGGGGGAAAACUAAAGAAUACAAAACUUUUGCUAUUCAUACUGCUGACGUUUAUCAAAAGUAUGUGAUCUAAAAUAUGACUAUCGUUUCCUGACAAGGGGGCAUCUCAGUGGCCUGCCUGGCUGGUUCUUCCUUAAAACUAAAAUCUCUGGAAAAUGUAUUUGCUUCCUACCCUCUGUUUUCUGUCAACAGACUUAUUUUGUUCCAGCCAAAGCUUGCUUAUAAUAGAGAACUACCCAUAUCCCAAGAGUAGAUUUCCUCUAUAUCCCAGCAUACUUUGUAAACCUGGCCCCUUCUUCACUACCUCAGAUCUAAUCAAUUAGCCUAUGUACCCUCCUUCCUCACUACACUCAUACACAUGAGCAUAUCUACCUAUGAGCGGAUUUCUACCAAUAUAGCCAAAACAUUUUAGAGGCCUAUUAAACAAGACAUUAUCCAACUGCAGGUCAACUCAUAGUUGUAGCCUUACAAUUUACAGUCGUCAUAAAAUAAGUAGUCAAAUUAGGUACCUGAAAACAUAGCUAUUACCAUCUCAUAUUACUGGUUAAUUAAAAUAAACAUAAUGCAAACACGUUUGUCCUUAUAUAUUAUACAGUGGACAGAAUUAGGAAUUGAUGGCUUUAAAAUAAAAAAAGUCUAUGAAGAGUCUAACUCUUCAUGUUCCAUCUUCUGAAGUAAACUAUUUUGAAAGUCCUCUUUUUGAACUGAAUUUGUGCUGAACUGUCUUCACUAUUACUACUCUUUAGAAAUAAGCUAAUUGGAUCAGUGGCUUAAAUAAUAGCUGACUGUGUGUACAUAUGUAUAUAAUAUGUAUAUACAAUAUCAGGCAUGUAUGUGGCUUGGAAUUUUGUUUCCUCCAUAAAAUAAUGUGGAAGUGAAUUAAACAAGUUUUAGUCAUUUAUACAAAGUCACGAAUAUAAAGUUCAGUUUGUCACAAGAUUAGACUGCUCACAAGGUAAAACUGUAUUGUUUGGUAAAAUCACAAUCCUGUGAGUUUUCUUUUAUGAAGGUUAAUAAUAAAUGGGCUCAUUUAGUUGCUUAGGCAACUAUUCACAAAUUCCUUUGUCAGCCUCUUUUUAGUUCUCUUAAAAAAAAAAAAAUCAUACAAUCAUUUUCCUUUUUCAGGGUACUUGGUUUCCGUGCCUGAAAAGUCUGGUACCAGACUGACUUGAAAUUCAUAAACAAGCUGUCCAGUUGCCAAGAAUAUAAUGUUAACAAUUAAAAGUUCCAAACCUAAAGCCAAGAACACCACGUCUUCAUAGGAAUACAAAGUAUGUAUACAGCAUUGCUUACCUGGAGGAUUCAGAUCAUCUAAGAAUUCUCUUUGAUGAAAGACCAGUUCCCAUUUGCGUUCCUCCUUGCACUGAGUUUUAGUGACAUAGAACUAGGUUGUAGUUAGUGUUUCAUUACAUUAUAAAGAAACAUUUUACACACAUAUGUGCCCUUUUCUAAAUCUAAAUUCAGAAAUACCCAAAGCAGGCCUGCUUAGGCCCACAAACUGGCAUGUAAACUUAUAGUAACACUUUGUUACUUGCUUUUUAUAGGACAAACAUGAGUUAGGACAAACUCUAAAAUUCAUAUUCUUCACUAUUUUCCUUUGAUACAGACCAAAGAUGGAAUACUUCAAUUUUUUAAAACAGUCACAGAACACAUUUUUUUUUCAUUCUUCCUACUUUCCAUCCAAAAUAAAGAUCCCCACUGAGUUUUUAUAUAAAUAACCUAUAAUCUAUAGGGAUUCAAAAGGUUACAGCCCCUUUAGUCAAAUUAGCAAUGGCUAACAGUAUCAAGUACUGCAGAAUUUACCACUGAAAUGGACAAGAGGAAACAGUUUCACCACAGGUCUUUACAGUCCAGCAAGGGCCAAAGAGGUAUAGUAUAGUAUACAAGUUAACAAUGUUUGUGUUGAGCAACAUGGGGCUAGUGGGAUCUACAGAAAUAAUCUGAAAAAAAGGUUUUGGUUUCUCAAUCCUAGUACAAAUUUUUGCUUCUCACACUGACUUUAGUUUGGCCAGGUAUUUAUCUGCCAAAACAAGGACAAAUCUUGUUUUACUAACAGCACGGUCACUUCUCAUUUUCUUUGCUGACUCACCUUUUUUACUGACCAGUUGUGAACUUCUGUCUAAAAAUGUAUAAUACAGAACUGCAAGAAAAAAACAAUUGUACAUAUAUUGUAAAGUUUUUUUGAUACCUAAUGUAAGUUUUCUUUGUGUAAUAUUUAUAUAAUAAAAGACAUUAGGAUCCCUA